ACAGGUAAAGCGUUUCCUUUCCUUGUGGAUCAGUUUCGCUCGCCACCUGUUCACGGUGGAUAAAGAGGAGAAUGGGGAAGAUUCAGGAAUUUGAAAUAACUUUUAAUAGCAACAAAACAGUUUAUAGCCCAGGCGAAUCCCUCACCGGAACUCUGAAAAUCUCAAUUGCCCAGCCAAUACAAUGUAAAGCCAUCAAAGUGAACUGCCAGGGCUUCUGUGGAGUGACCAGCAAAUCGAAUGACACUGAUUGGACAGAGGAGGAGCAGUACUUCAGCAGCUCGGUCUCAAUAGCAGAUAAAGGCACUCUGAAAGAUGGCGAGCACACUUUUCCCUUCAAGUUUCUCUUGCCAGCUGCUGCACCUACAUCAUUUGAAGGGCCUUAUGGAAGGAUUAUAUACAGAGUUCGGGCUUUCAUAGACACGCCUCGUUUCGCAAAAGACUACAAGAUAGAGAAGCCCUUCUCUAUGAAGAACACAGUCAACCUGAAUGAAAUACCUGGUAUUCAGGAUCCUAGCUCUUCUUCUGUAACCAAGAAUUUCUCAUACAUGCUUGUGAAAAAUGGGACAGUGGUGCUGAAAGCUAAAAGUGACAUGCGAGGGUAUAUCGCUGGACAGAUCAUUAAAGUGUUCGCUGAGAUUGAAAACAAAUCUGACAAGUCAACAGGCCAUGUGGUUGCCAGUCUAAUGCAGAAAGUUACAUAUAAUACCAAAAAGCCGACAUAUGACUUGCGGACAGUAGCGGAGGUAGAAGGACCUGGGAUUAAAGGUGGACAAAAAAACGAAUGGAAAGAGCAGAUAAUUGUGCCUUCUCUUCAUCUGUCCACCCUGACUGAUGGAAACCUCAUUCAGAUCUGCUACUACAUUCAGGUCUAUUUGAAGUACCCAGAGGCAUCAUUAACUCUGCCCAUUUACAUUGGAAGCACAGCAUUGGAUCCAGCUCGGCCUUCCUCCUCCCGGCAGGUUCCACCCAUGCCAGCCCCACGUAAUAACCCCACCUCUGCUCCUACCCCUGACCCUUCUCCUGCUGCUGCUCCUGCUGCUGCUGCUGCUGCUCCUGCUGCUCCGGCUGAAUCUGCCCCACCCAGCCUGCCACCACGUACACCCCCAAAACCUGCACCCAAACCCAGGCCUCGCAGCACCUACGCGUCCCCCAGUGCGCCUCCCGCUGAUCUGUACCCAGAACUCCCAGGUGUGGCUAACUACAGUGGGGAAAUGGCAAAGAGUACACAGCAUGAAUCUGGUUCCCAAGUUCCCGUGUCUCCCAAUGCAUUCAGCUAUGCUCCUGGACUCAGCUUCAGGCAGAAACAGAGCUCCAACGGCCCAUCAGCACCCUCCGCCACCGCCCCUCAAGAGAGGAAUGCGACGUCUUCUUCAGCCAGCUUGCCUCCAAACUAUAGGAGUUCACCAUAUCCACAUGAAGCUCCACCUUCUUAUGAAGAUAGUUGCAAUAUAUAAGAUGUAUCCCAACCAUAUGAAGAAGGCAUGGAAACAAAAUAUUCAUAACACUCAUGUGACUUUAUAAUAAAUGCAGACCUCAUGCACUUUUGAACCAAAUAUGUAGAUGUAAAAAUGUGUUCAUACAAUGUCUGUGCUCUGAAGAAUGUGACAUUUAACCUAAGAGGUCAGCUGACACAAUAACUCAGAUUGACAAAUUGACAGCUAUUAUGCCAAAUAGUUGGAAACAAUUACUUCUGCUUUUUCAUUUUUGUCAUGCAGAUGAUAAAAUAGAUCUGCCUCUUGCACAGAUAUUUUACCACUUGUUUUAGGCGUUUCAUCACGGAAGACUAUUAAGUACUCUUAUUAUUAGACUGUCUGUGGUUUUGUACAUUUGUGGAUGCAAUCGCAAAUCUGCACAACAAAUUACACUUUUUUUUUUUCUUUUUUUCUUUUUUUAAUUAGCAUGUUCAAGCUUUGUUUUUAUGUUCCUGAUAAGCAAAGGAAGAAUCCAGUUCGAUUGAAAUUGUAACUUUAUACUAUGUGUGGAAUACACAGGUCCUCAAAUCAAUAUACAAAACUACUACAUGUUUUGUGGUAUUUAAUGAUUCAUUUCUAACUUUAAUAUCUAUACCUUUGUUAGUAUUGCACACUACUUUUUUGUAUUUGAACAGUGAUUUACAUUUAUAUGUAAAAAACAUAUUAAUAAAAAAACCUGU